CCUCUCUCACCGGCCGACGCCACCUCGCCUCGCUCCCAGCCGCCGCCGCCGACGAGCGCCACUGCCAAAGCCCUAGAUCGAAGCGAAGCAGAGGGCCUUGCCUCGCCCUCUCCACUCAGGAUUUGUACCGCUCGCAUUCGCAUCGCGCGCUCAUGACCUGGAGUUCAUGUUGUGGAAGUAGACGCAUCGUAGCAAGCACCACCCACGCGUUGGCUUGCCCCCGUAUCUGCGGUUGAUUGAUUCCUGUUGGGUUCGGUUGGUGUUUGCUCAGAUUCGAGGUGACAACGUACCAGCAGUGAAGAAAAAACAUUGCGAAGAAGUGAUCCUCGUUGCACCAAGAGUGUAAAUAAUCUUUUGAUCAGCUCCUAGAACAAACAAUAAUCACAUGUGUUGGUCCCAUGGGCAGAACUAGAAAAUCAAUCCAACCAAGAUGAGUUCAUGAUUGCUCAUUCUUUCGUGCGUCAGAUAAAUCAAGCUGCAUACUUGGUGUGUUGAAGCCUGCCCUUGACACUUAGCAACUGCAGAGUCCUGCUGGAGAGAGAUGGGGUUCAUCGGCGACACGAUAGAGUCAAUCCGCUCGAUGCAGGUCCGCCAGGUGCUGGCGCAAAUCAUCAGCUUAGGUAUGAUUGUUACCUCUGCAUUGAUCAUAUGGAAGGGUUUAAUAGUUGUAACAGGUAGUGAAUCUCCAGUGGUGGUGGUUCUUUCUGGUAGCAUGGAACCUGGAUUUAAAAGAGGUGACAUCCUGUUUUUGCACAUGAGCAAAGACCCUAUCCGCACUGGAGAAAUAGUUGUUUUUAAUGUUGAUGGCCGUGAAAUUCCAAUUGUUCACCGUGUGAUCAAGGUUCAUGAACGCCAGGAGAGUGCAGAAGUUGACAUCCUCACAAAAGGUGAUAACAAUUUUGGGGAUGACCGACUUCUGUAUGCACAUGGGCAGCUUUGGCUUCAGCAACAUCAUAUUAUGGGGCGAGCUGUUGGUUUUCUGCCAUAUGUUGGAUGGGUUACAAUUAUCAUGACUGAGAAGCCAAUUAUUAAGUACCUUCUGAUCGGCGCGCUGGGCCUACUGGUUAUAACAUCAAAGGAGUAAUAAAGAUGCGGCUUUUCAGUAGAGUAGUGGCCUCUCUAGUCGCAUGGAAGAAGCUGGUAUUUGUUUCACCAUGUUUCCAAUGGAAGAUGCGAGGGGUUUAUUUUUAGGAUAACUGUGCGACAAUUGGCAUUGUAUUUUCCAGCGGUUUAUCAUGUGGCAUCCAUCUUUCAGUGGUUUACAGUUAAUUGCGCAAGAAAAUUUAACGUGACUUUUGGUUCGGCAACUGGUUAUUGGAUGCUGACUUUGAUACAAUAUAAGAUGAAUUCAUAAAGCAAUCCUUUGAGGCAAGUAGAAUCGAACCUGGCUAAGCCUUUUUCCAUGGAUUUGUUGGAGUCUUGACUCUUGAGUGCUAAAUCCCUUUCUUGGUUACCAACUGCUAUUCAGCGGCAGUUCUUUUCACUAUUGUAUCUGUCUUCUCAAUCCAAACUAUGCUGAAGUCUGAUCACUGAAUAGCAGCGCGGCUGUGAUGGUUCAUUGAAUACUUUGUUGAAUGCUAGUAGCUCAUGUGCCAUAAAGCCCUAACAGAAUACUGGUGAGAUCUCAACAUGCACAUAUAUGCUUGUACUUGUGUGAGAUUGAGGCAAAUAUUUCUGUGUAUAGUAAGUAUAUGUGAAAAGGAGAACUCGAGCCAUAUUAUAGAUCUCCAGCCCAUUAAAUCGUAUCCAGAAUAUUGAUAUGGUGUUGUCUUUUUGGAUAAAAGAAGUUCGUUUGGACGUGGUCUCUUUUGACAAA